AUGCAAGACAUGGAGAAGAACGACUCCUCCCAUUCCCGGAUCGAGGAUAUCAGAGUGAAGUUCUCUGAAGACCAUGGCAUUCCGUCCACCAACCUCGAGGCCGAAGCCAGCCUUCGAAAGAAGUUCGAUAAGCGGGUCCUACCUUUAGCAAUUCUUAUCUAUCUUAUGGCCUUUAUCGACCGGACCAAUAUGGGCAACGCCAGAAUUCUUGGAAUGCAGGAAGAUCUUAAACUUGUUGGGUACCGUUUCAAUAUUGCGUUAACCGCAUUCUUCGUGACCUAUGUGCUCUUUGAAAUCCCGGCGAACAUACUGUGCAAGAAAUUCGGACCCCGUUAUUGGCUCAGCUUUCUAACCUUCGGGUUUGGUCUGAUUACCAUGUGCAUUGCCUUUACGCAGAGUUUCCAGGCUCUCAUUGUAACCAGAGUCUUACUGGGGGUCUUCGAAGCUGGCAUCCUGCCUGGUAUUAUCUUUACCUUCAGCAAAUUCUACCGACGUUACGAAAUCACCUUCCGCGUUGGAGUCAUGGCAUCAUUCGCGUCACUUAGCGGAUCCUUUGGUGGUCUCCUAGCCACCGGGCUAUCCAAAAUACCGAGCAGCAGUCACCUGGACAGUUGGAGAUACAUCUUCCUCUUCGAGGGCAUAAUAACAAUGGCCGUUGGUGCUCUGGUCCUCGCGCUGAUGCCGAACGACCCUUCUUCGGCCAGCUUCUUGACCACAGAAGAGAGGAUCAUCGGUGCCGAUCGUAUUGCAGCUGAAGCAAUGACGAAGGGCUAUGAGCAUAUGACCCUCCGUGUUUUCAAACGGGCGCUUAUAAACCUGAAUACUCAACUCAUCGCGCUCGGGAUUUGUUGCUCACUUCUUGCCAUGAACUCUGUUGCUCUCUUCAUGCCGACUCUACUCAGGGGAAUGGGUUACUCAUCAAUUCGCUCUCAGCUCCUCACGGUCCCACCUUACGCCAUCGGUACAAUCGUCUGUAUCGUCGCCGCCUAUAUAUCUGAUCGGCUUCGCACCCGAGGGCCGGUUCUCCUUGUGAUUGCGCCAUGCAUUGUUGUUGGGUUCGUUCUCCUCUCCGCGGUGCAAACCGUGGGCGUCAAAUACUUCGCCAUCUGUCUGGCUACGCUGGGGGCAUUCACCAGCAGCCCGAUUCUGUUGGCUUGGAGUGUGGACAACGCCGCUGGCCCGGCUGUCCGUGCCAUAGUCUCGGCGUAUUGCGUGGGCUUGGGAAGCGUGGGCGCUAUUGUCUCGACCUGGACUUAUCUCCCGAAAGAUGCACCCAGAUAUCUGCAGGGACAUCUGGUCAAUUUGGGGUUCGGCUGUAUGCUAUUCGCCCUAGUCACGAUUCUAACCUUCUACCUGAGGUGGGAGAAUCGCCAAAGGGCAAACGGGAGGAGGGACUGGAGGUUGGAAAACGCAAGUGAGGAAGAAGUGAAUCAAUUGGGUCACUCGCAUCCAGCCUUCAGGUAUACACCUUGA